CCAAUCUCCUCAUCAUCAGCCGAGAGAUAUCCCACUGAGAUUACAAUUGAUGGAUUCAUUUGGCAACCAAGUAGUGUUCAGCUCACACUCACAGUACUUCAUGGAUGGAACCAACUUUGAUCAACAAUUCAAUGAGCUCAUCAGAGGUGAAGCCACCGAUGAUCCCAUUUUCAAGUUUUGUCCUAACUAUGAGUGUGAGCACAUUGCUGGCUGCUUGGAUGCCAACAACCGCUUUGAGCCAACAAUGCUAGCAGAUCAUUACCUAUUUGAUGAUUUCAGUCCUCUUCCAGCCAUGUCCAAUGCAAAUCCUGAGCCUAACACAAUAUUGGCAGCCGAUGCCAAGAAUGGGGAGGAGGAGAAUGAUAUUGGAGAGGACUCCUCUGCGACCACCACGGCUUCUUCUAAAUCUACAAAGAAGAGGACCGACAGGUCCAGAACUUUGAUCUCGGAGAGGAGGAGGAGAGGCGGGAUGAAGGACAAGCUCUACGCAUUGCGUGCCUUAGUUCCUAACAUAACCAAGAUGGACAAGGCCUCCAUUGUUGGAGAUGCAGUGUUUCAUGUGCAGGAGCUGCAAAUGCAGGCUCACAAGUUGAGAGCUGAGAUUGCUGAGCUUGAAUCUUCGUUGGCGGGAGGGGACAGACACCAACGAAGCAUAGUCCAAAACCGAAACCACAGCCAACUUCCUAACAGCAGCUAUCCAGCCUGCAAGCACAUAACGCAGAUGGACAUAUGCCAGGUUGAAGAAAGAGGAUUUUACGUAAGGAUAGAGUGCAUCCGAGGCCUAGGGGCAGCGGUUUCACUCUACAAGGCUCUAGAGUCCCUUGGUAGAUACAAUGUUCAGAGCUCCAACUUGGCUACCCAAUCUGGGAGAUUCAUCUUGACAUUUACAUCGAAGGUUAGAGAGAGUGAGCCAGACCUGAACCUGCCAACUCUGAAGCUUUGGGUGACAGGGGCUCUGUUGAACCAAGGAUUCGAGUUUCCUACACAGCCAUCUACCUGAAAUCUCUCUUCCCCCCCACCCUCUGUUUCAUAAUUCCUAAUAAGCACCGCCUCUUCGUGUUCAUUGGCAUGCAAAGGUUUUUAGCAACUAGAGUCGAUAAAUCAAAAAAUACCAAACACUGACAUCUCACAGUGUCGUGUUGCUGCAGAUUUGGAUAAUAAAAACACAACAAAAUUUUCCAGUUCGUGGCCUCCAUAAACAGUUGCGGUAAUGUAACUAGUGAAUAUUAGAUACUAAAUGAGUUUAAACAAUAGAGAUACUGUCAACACCUGCCAGCCAAUUAUUGCAAAACAAUAAUUUUGGUAAAAGUUAAAGAAACUCUAUCUUCGAAUACAUCUAGUCCUAACAAAAAAGAAAAUUUAUGAGACGAGGAGUUCUGCAAACAUCAUUUUUGUAAAAGCGCCAUCAUGAAGAUAAGAUUUAAAUAUCAAAUAUUAAGAGGGGUAGGAAUAUGUAAAGUUUUUAUUGAAUCAUGUCAAAGCUCCAAAUAUUAAGGAGUCCACUGCACGAAAAGUUAAUCCUUCUGCGGAAUAACAUGAUCUAAACGUAUGGAAUGCUCAUUUAAUGCCUACUGCAUUUCCUAGUUCACUAGUGCAGGGCAAUACAACAUGCAACUGAGAGGAGUCAGGAUUCACAGCUCCACCUCAAGCUUAAAAACUUUGCACAAGUUGUAUAAUGAGGGCAUCAUGUCUGAUUUUGCACUUCCUAUUGUGCAACAAUAGAUACUUCCAAGUUUCGAACAUCUCGCAUAAUCUGGUGUAGGGUCAGAUAUUCGUCUCGGAUAGAGAUGGUUUUGGGUCUAACUGGAGUGGAUCCAGUUCUAUAUUUUGGUCAUGGAGGUUUUCAGUCCAAGGAUUUUGAUUUCUCAGUCUUCUAGAGGUUUGACUGAUCAAGAGGAUCCCCAUACCCUCUUCCGUUUAUUUUGGUCAUGCACUCAUGGAGGCCUUUUGCCUUUUGUUAUGUCUUGAAGAACAAGGAUGGAUUAAGGGUUUUGAGGUUGGUAGUGGUCCUAGUGGAGCAGGAUUUAAUUUAAAGAUUUCUCACUUCUUUUUGUGGGGCUUCAGUUAGGGCAGCUGAGAACUCUUAGGCUUGCUGUUUGGGGAGACCUUUAAUUCAAAGGCUAUCUGGAACAGGGUAGUUGAAAAGUUAGGAGAAAGGUUAGCCAUGUGGGAGGGGCAAAACAUCUCUAAAGGGGUUAAACCUGCCUUCUUAAGAAAGAGCAUUUUGCCUAAAUAUUCCCACCUAUGUCUUAUAUUCUUGUGUCUUUUAUACAUUUAAUGAGCAUGAUUUUUACUUGAUUUGAUUCUAUAUGUGGUUAUGUAGAUGUGAAGCAUGUGUUGAAGAUAUUUGGGCAAAAAAAAUAAUUCUAACGCAUGAUUGGAGCUGAACCUGGCAUGGAAGGCAUGGAUGGACAUCUAUUAGGGGUCGACGUUGAGGAAAAGGUAAAGCAUCGGAAGGAGGACGUCAUUGGUGAAAUAUUAGAAAUCAAGGAGAAAUGGCUCACGGCGCUGUUGCGCAAAGCAUUGCGUGGUAGGGUUGUGGUAAGAAUUCAUUUCUAUGGCUCACGGCGCUGUCGCGUAAAGUAUUGUGUGGUAGGGUCGUGGUAAGAAUUUCUUUUAGUGGCUCACGAUAUUAUCACUCAAAGCAUAUCGUGGUAAGGUAGUGGCUGCUUAAACUUUCUGUGAAUCAUGACCUUAUCACGGAAAGCAUUUUGUGGUAAGGCCAUGGUUGAAAAAGUGUUAUGUGACUCACAGUCCUGCUGCGGCAAGCAUUCUGUGGUAAGGCACAAAACUUCGCAAAAAACUGUUUUAUUCCAAAUCAAGUGGGGAUGGACUCCUUUAAGGUGUACGACUUUGAUGACCUAAAAAACACUAUAUAAAGACUGAUUCUUAGAAGAUUUGAGAGUUUUUGGAAGGAGAGAAGAAGGCAAGUCAAGGAAGAAUAAUGAGAUUUUCUUGAAAAACUUCAGUUUUGGUUGUAUUUUUCUAUUCUUUCUUCUCUUCCACAUCAUGAACUCCGUUUUUAUUAUUCUUUCAUUGGUUGAAACUAUGUUACGUUAAGUACUUUGUGGCUAGGGUGAUUGAUGAAACCUAGUUCAAUGAUGGUUUAAUUAAAAG